AUGUAUUAAAAAAUAUUAAAUUUAAUCUACCCUUAAAGUUACGAUACUUAAUAAUAAACUUAGGCAGAAGUUCCAAAACGAUCUCAAAAGUUAUCUUAGAUGACUUCAUUAAUUAAUAUGAAUGAAUUUUUUUAAUACCCAGAGAAAUUAAUACAAGAUGCAACAUCCAUUAUGAAUGAAUUCUGCAAUGAUAAUAUAGACAUAUAUAUUUAAGGUAGAUUGUAUAAUUAAUUAGUGCAGAUGAAUCGAUUUUGAGAAUUUCUGGGUUUGUUAAUAUAUUAAUAAAGUAGAAAUCCUUUUAAAUAGUUAUGAAUUUUUCUUUUUUUUUAAAUUACCCUUAACAAAUUUUCAACAUUUGCAUUGAAAACAAAAGCCUUGAUGGUAACUAAUUAAUUUAACUUUUUAGAUAAGGAUAUAAAAUUGUCAUCCUUUUUUCACUCAUCAUAAGGUGAAAAAUGGAUCUCUUUAAAUAGUUACCUUACAGAAGCCAAACUUUGGCUUAAUCAUUAAAAUUUAUAAAGAGUGUUUUAAGAAGCAAAAGAAUUAUUAACAAAUCACUUUCCAUAUCAUAAGUAAAAAAAAUAAUAAUAAUAUUUUUCAAAUGAUCCAAUUUAAAUAGAUAAAUUAAGGCAAUCAGAUUAAAAGGAUAGCAAUGAGGAGAUUACUGAUAAAAUUGAAAUUGAUAAGUAAGUGAAAGAUGUUGUUAACAAGAAUGCAGUUACCUCUCCAAAUCCAUUAAACUCUUAAGCAGUUCUUGGACCUAGCGGGUUAUAAUUAAAAUAAGAAAACCAAAUUUAGAUGCAAAUAUCAAAAUUUGCAAUUUAAUUGAUGAAAGAACAUAGAAACGAUAUUGCUAAUCUAAAGGAAUAAUAUUAGAAUUUAAAAUUGUAUAAAUAGCAACAAGAAGGAAUAUAAAAUUAGCUAAUUUGGCUUCGAUAGAAACUAGAUUUUGAUAUUGAUUUAGCAGCAAGCUUUUUUUACAUGCAAUAAUAACAGAUAAGUCAAAUUGAUAAAAUUUAGCAAAAACCUUUGGACGAAAUAAUGGAUUUCGAUGAUCUAUCUCAGUAAAUCAUUGAAAUAGUUGCUAAGGAUAAGGCUUGUUCAGAUUGUUAUUAAUUCAUUUCAAAAAAAUUUAAAAGGCAACUCUUGGACUAUGCUACUUUGUAUUAAGUAAUUCAACAUUAUAAUUAGGCAACGUACGAGUUGGCAGGCUAGUAGUUUGAAUUAAAAUUAUUGA